AUGAUGGGCUCCGUGCUCCCGGCUGAGGCCCUGGUGCUCAAGACCGGGCUGAAGGCGCCGGGACUGGCACUGGCCGAGGUCAUCACCUCCGACAUCUUGCACAGUUUCCUGUACGGCCGCUGGCGCAACGUGCUGGGCGAGCAGCUCUUCGAGGACAAGAGCCACCACGCCAGCCCCAAGACAGCCUUCACCGCCGAGGUCCUGGCGCAGUCCUUCUCCGGCGAGGUGCAGAAGCUGUCCAGCCUGGUGCUGCCGGCGGAGGUGAUCAUCGCGCAGAGUUCCAUCCCCGGCGAGGGCCUCGGCAUCUUCUCCAAGACGUGGAUCAAGGCGGGCACGGAGAUGGGCCCCUUCACUGGCCGCGUCAUCGCCCCGGAGCACGUGGACAUCUGCAAGAACAACAACCUGAUGUGGGAGGUGUUCAAUGAGGAUGGCACAGUGCGCUACUUCAUUGAUGCCAGCCAGGAGGACCACCGGAGUUGGAUGACCUACAUCAAGUGUGCACGGAAUGAACAGGAGCAGAACCUGGAGGUCGUCCAGAUCGGCACCAGUAUCUUCUACAAGGCUAUCGAGAUGAUCCCGCCUGACCAGGAGCUGCUGGUGUGGUAUGGAAACUCACACAACACCUUCCUGGGGAUCCCUGGUGUGCCUGGGCUGGAGGAGGAGCAGAAGAAGAACAAGCAUGAGGACUUCCACCCGGCGGACUCGGCGGCAGGCACCGCGGGCCGCAUGCGCUGCGUCAUCUGCCACCGCGGCUUCAACUCGCGCAGCAACCUGCGCUCGCACAUGCGCAUCCACACGCUGGACAAGCCCUUCGUGUGCCGCUUCUGCAACCGCCGCUUCAGCCAGUCGUCCACGCUGCGCAACCACGUGCGCCUGCACACGGGCGAGCGUCCCUACAAGUGCCAGGUGUGCCAGAGCGCCUACUCGCAGCUGGCCGGCCUGCGCGCCCACCAGAAGAGCGCGCGCCACCGGCCGCCCAGCGCCGCGCUGCAGCCGCACUCGCCCGCGCUGCCCGCGCCGCACGCGCACGCGCCCGCGCUCGCCGCCGCCGCCGCCGCGGCGCCGCACCACCUGCCGGCCAUGGUGCUGUGA